AUGCGAGCACCGUUCCCUCUGUCUUUACGCAUUGGCACCGAUAUUGUUGCCACCAAUCGUAUCUUAUGUCCCUCGAGACCAAACUACAAGCGACUAUCCAGACUAGCCGCGCGCUUUCUGCAUCCUAGAGAGCUCGAUGAUCUGAACCAUCGAUUUCCCAACUGGGAGGACGGGCAAUCGUACGAUGGGCUGAAGAGACAGCAGCUUAGCACGUGGCUCGCUGGUCGAUGGGCUGCCAAAGAAGCGGCCAAAAAGGCAUGGGAUGCCACCUUACUCAGUUUCCGGGAUCUGAGAGUCGAGGCCGAAACCGGAGGGAGGGUGCAAAUCAUCUGCGAUACUAGUACUCGCCUUGCGCGAGACCCUCUCCAAACUGAUAACCGGAUUACCGAACAGGCAGCACAGCUGAGCAUCAGUCACGACGGCGAAUACACUAUCGCGACCGUGAUGGCGACACCUCUCCACCAUGACAUCUCGGCCGAGCUCGCUCAGCGGAAGUCCGAGGCCGAAGCAAGACUGGCAGAUAAGUAG